AUGGCCGUUAUUACUUCCCCCGCCAACCCAUGCGUUGUCUCUUCAUUCACAAAUCCAUCAGUUUUCGGUGCAGAAAUCCUCGCCAUCAAUGCGGCACCCGUCAGCAACUUUACCCUUUCCUUACCCAGUGUAGAUAUUGGGGUUUCAAACCCGCCCACGGUUGAGUUUUGUAAUGUUACUGUCACAUACACGCAUCCAGGGCAGAAUGACAAAAUCAAUGUCGAAACUUGGCUACCUCUUCAAAAUUGGAACGGAAAGCUCCAAUCUGUUGGGGGCGGUGGCUGGGUAGCUGGCCGAGGCUUUCUGUCGCAAAUCCGAAUGCUAGGUCCCAUAGCUGAAGGCUAUAUCACAACGAGUACGGAUGCAGGGCAAGACGGCUGGAGCGGCUUGGAUGCCUGGGUUCUCCUGAGCCAGGGGAACAUCAAUCUUCAUGCGUUGCAAAAUCUGGGUCUCGUUUCUUUGAAUGAUACUGCUUUCAUUGCCAAGUCGCUGUCUUCAGACUACUACGGACGCGCGCCUUCCUAUUCUUACUGGAACGGGUGCUCCCAAGGUGGCCGACAAGGUAUCGCUCUAGCACAAAGAUUCCCAACAGCAUAUGAUGGUAUCUUUGCAAACGCGCCAGCUAUUCAUUGGGCUGAGCUCAUAGCCAGUUCCCUUUGGCCUGUCGCAUUCAUGCAAUUUACGAAUCAGUACCCCAAGGGUUGCGAGCUUACACAACUGACAUCUUUGGCUAAAACUGUGUGUGACGAGCUCGAUGGGGUUAGAGAUGGGCUAAUUGGUGACCCCGAAGCCUGCAGAGAGGCUUUCAACCCGGAAUCCUACAUUGGGACUUCAGUUUUCUGCGACGAGACUGGAUCGGAGAUACAAAUCACUUCCACCGCCGCCUCAGUUGCAAGUGCUAUUUGGGACGGGCCAAAGUUCUCUGAUGGACGGUUUAUCUGGUACGGGUUCGACAUCGGGACUGACAUCACACCUCUCGCCCAAUCCAUAUGCUCAGACGAUGGAAAGUGUUAUGCGACUGCAACACCUUCUAUCAGCACUUCGAUCCGGUAUUUUGUAGACAAGGAUGUGUCAAGCAACGUCACAAUGGUGUCCCACGAGGACUUUGAUCAUCUAUACCGCACUAUAAAAAACCUUUUUGCUUCCAAUCUGCAGACAGGCGAUCCCGAUGUUACUGAAUUUCGAAAUGCAGGGGGUAAAAUACUUACUUAUCAUGGCCUGGUGAGCAUUUCCGAAGUUAUAUCACAGUUUAUAGUACUAAUAUGUGCGCCAUUACAGAUGGACGAAGCCAUCCCAUCUCAGGGAACUCUACAUUACUACAAGAUGGUGAACGAAACUCUUGGUGGCAUUCAAGACUGUUACAGGUAUUUCCGUGUUCCUGGUUUGCGACAUUGCUGGGGUGGCAUCGCCAGCGAACCAGCUUUAAUGUUCAACCAGCUAGUGAGUUGGGUUGAAGAAAGCAAAGAGCCUACCCACUCCAAGGUCACAUUUGCCGCCUCUGAAAAUAGUACCAGUGAGGGUAUAAUCUGCGCUUGGCCACAGAAACCUGUCCUAUCUCCUACAUGCAACUUUUCCUCGGCAACCGAAGAUUGUUGGUCAUGCUCAAUUUGA